AUGGCGUGCAACCCAUUACCUUUCAAAGGAGAAAUUGAUCCUAUAGCAUGUCAAAGGUGGAUUGCAAGUACUGAGGCGGUGUUCGUAAGGAGUCAUUGUGAAAAAGAGGAUCAAGUGAUGUUUGCCACCAGUUUGUUACAACUCCAAGCUAAAGACUGGUGGGAUGCUUAUAGUAAAGAGAUUGGGGAAGACAAAGUUCGAGUCUUAACAUGGCAAGAGUUCAAGGAACCUUUUCUAAAGUACCACUGUCCGCAAUCUGCCAUUGACAGGAUCCAAGAAGAUUUCUUACAUCUCCGUCAGAAAGACGAAACCAUUGAUGAAAUCACCAACACUUUCCCUGACAAACUGAAAUUCUGUAAAGAAAUAGCGGGAACGGAAAGAAUGAAGAUAAACCGCUAUCAUGAAAGAGGUGAGAAGAGAGUGUCUGAGAAUGUUCCCAGCUCAAGCCCGUCGAAGAAACAAAAAUUUCAAGAUCAGAGCAAGAAGGAUAAGGCGAAGGGUAGCAUUCCGAAAUGCAAAACGUACGGGAAGUUAUACACGGGGGAGUGCUUGAAAGGGAAGAAGGGCUGUUACAAUUGUGGUCAAGAGGGACAUCCAUACUAUAGGUGUCCUAAUCCUUCCAGAACGUGCUAUAACUGUUUCCAGCCGGGUCAUAUUAAGGCUGAAUGUCCCAAGCUUCAACAGAAAACCGAUAAGGAAGCAAGAAAGGAGGAAGCCCCAAGAGCUAAGGGGAGGAUGUUUCAGAUCACGACUGAAGAAGGAAAGGACCACCCGAAUGUUGUAUUAGGUAUAUUCUUGUUGAACUUGAUGCCUACGUACGUGUUAUUUGAUACUGGAGCCAGUAGAUCGUUUGUAUCAAGUGAAUUAGCGUCGCACCCCUCUUUUAGAAUCGAAAGAAUGCAUGUGCCAUUAGAAGUAGAGAUAGAGGAUAGUAAGAGUUAUUUGUUGCACGAAGUUUGUAGAGAUUGUGAAAUUAUCGUUGAAGAUGAGAAGUUUGCCAUUGACCUUAUUCCCAUGGUUUUGGGAGAAUUCAAGGUUGUAGUUGGCAUGGAUUGGCUAGCCAAACAUUAUGCCGAAAUUCAAUGCGAGAAAAAGGUGAUUCAUGUGUUAACACCGGGAGGAAAACGAGUGAGUAUACAAGGGGAAAGGAAUGUUAAUUCGAAGCUUUGUUUUAUAGUCCAAGCAUUCAAGUAUGUGCGAAAUGGAAGCAAGGCGUUUCUAGCCUACGUGGUGGAUACUAAGCAGAAUACCCAUAAGAUAGAAGAGGUUGAAGUUGUGAACGAGUUUCUUGAUGUAUUUUCGGAAAUUUGCCGGGGCUUCCACCAGAUCGUGAGGUGGAUUUUAAGAUUGAAUUAUAUCCCGAUGCCAAACCCGUAG